CUCAGUACAACGCCUGGACCCGGACUGUACACUUGGAUCAGAGCUGUUCCCGUGUCCCAGCUUUCCUACACCAUGCAGCCUACAACCUGUGUGCUCUUUUGGGGUUACUUUGUGGCUCUUUGCUGUAAAGAAAUUCUUGGUGUGACGGUUACUUCAGAUAAUCGUAAUGUUAAAGCACUUGAGUUUGGAGAGGUUGUUCUCUCUUGCAAGUACAGACUGGAGAAGACUGAACAGAAGGUCAGGUUAGAAUGGAAGAAAGUUGUUACAAAUGGUGACGUCUCAUUUGUGUACUUUAAUGAUGCUUUAGCAGCUGAUCUACAGAAACGGGCUGAAAUGAUGGGUUCAAGCAUCAGAUUUAAGAAUGUUAGUAGAGGAGAUGCAGGAAAAUAUCGAUGUGAAGUUAGUGCGCCUCAAGAUACCAAAAUUUUUCAGGAGAUCGAAAUUGAAUUAAGCAUCUUAGUGGCCCCGAGUGUCCCUGUAUGUGAUAUUCCCAGCUCAGCCAUGAGCGGCUCAUCAGUUGAACUUAAAUGUUGGGAAAAUGAAGGCUCCCCAGCUUCAGAGUACAAGUGGUUUAAGAAUGGAGUUCCUUUAUUAGAAAACCCAGCCCCGAAUGCCAGGGUUACAAAUUCGUCUUAUACACUGAAUAAAAUCUCAGGCACUUUGCAAUUCAGUACUGUUGCCAAAAUGGAUACAGGGGAAUAUUACUGUGAAGCCAGCAAUGGGAUUGGAAAGACUCAGCGAUGUGUUGCAAAAAGUAUGCAAGUUGAUGACCUGAAUAUAGCUGCAAUUAUAGCUGGAGUGGUGGUUGUAACGCUUGUGAUUUUACUCUGUGGACUUGGAAUUUUCUAUGCACAUAAAAGAGGUUGCUUCUCAAGUAUAGUGUUCCUGGGAAUACUGAAUACUUAA